AUGCAGAAAGUGAAGACGGAAUCGAUUGGUGAUGACGACAGAAUUGCAGAUCCUGAUUUUGUUCCGGAUUUGGAGGUAAUGCCAAUAUACACCGAUGAUUUUGAAGAGGUUGAUGGAGUGAAUAUUGACACCAUCAUUGAAAAUAUUGAGUAUUCAAGUAGUACUUCCCAACCGCCAACUCCUUCUGAAACCUUUCCUCAUCCAGGACCAUCAUCUAGACCUGGAUCAUCAGGACGCAGUCAAGCCAAGCAAAAACUGAAUUUACAGAAGUAUCUCAGCGUGGAUGAACAGAUUUGUUCCACGAAAGCUAGACACAACCUCAAGAGAUAUAAUGGUAAGAAACCCCAUAAAUGGGGCUACAAAAUCUAUGUCCUGAUCGGCGUGAGCGGGUUUGCUUACAAGUUCGAGCCAGAAACUGGAGCUGAAAAUGUAGUUGGGCCCAAUGAGCCGAACCUGGGUGCUGCAGCAAAUGUCGUCGUCAGGCUAGCUCGUGAAAUACCACGCAAUCAAAAUUACCGCCUAUAUUUUGACAACUACUUCACAUCCCUGCUACUACUAGAAUAUUUCACUAAACAAAGAAUAUUGAGCUUGGGCACCAUUCGACGCAACCGAAUACCUGAUUGCAAACUACCCGCAGAAAAAGAAAUCUCCAAAACAGAACGUAGCUAUUCAGUCGAGUAUGUUGCCUGUGUCCAAGGAACAGAUAUUUCUACAGUGGCAUGGAAGGACAAUAAAAUAGUCACACUUGCCUCCAGUUUUGUGGGUGAACUACCCAAGUCACAAGUAUCUAGAUACAAUAAGCCCCACAAGAGAUAA